CGGGAAACUAAAUAACAAACUCAUAACCGCCUUAACGGUCCCUUCUCUUCCCUAUAUAACAAACUCAUAACCGCUUUCUUCUUCUUUCUUCCAUCUUCUCUCUCGCUCUCUUCAACCUCGCAAGUAAACAGCAAUGGCGACUAUCUCGUUCUCCUGCGCCAUCUUUCUCGUUGCUCUCAUCCUCUGUUUCCCUCACCCAUCCGCCGGCGUUCCUCUGGAAGAGCUGGAAAGAGCCAUCACGGUGCUCCGCGUCAGAGGCCGAGCUCUCUUCGCCAACGCCGUCGUAACCUCCGAUCUCCUCUUCGAUCUACUCUCCGUCGAGUCGCUCACGCUCUUCGCCCCCACCGACUCCACGCUUUACGACCUCGACAUGACUCGUUCUUUCUCCUUCUACGUCUCCACCCUCCGCCUCCACUCCGUACCAGUCCGCCUCCCGUUCUCCGAUCUCCGAUCCCUCCCUAACGCCACCUCUCUCCCGUCGCUGCUUCCCUCUCACCACCUCCUGCUCAGCAAGUCUUCUUCGUCCAACGAAUCGGUUUAUCUUGACGGUGUUCGCAUUCUCCUCCCCGGUUUGUUCUACGGUCAACAUCUCGCCGUGCACGGCGUCGACGGUCUUCUUUCGCUCACGACGCCUUCGUCUCCUGAACUUUCCGUUGAUUUGCCUCCCGUUGUCGAUUCGCCGGCAGAGUCUCCGUAUGCUGUGGAUUCAAGAUUCUCACCGGCACCACAGCCUUACGCCUCCUUUCUUGGUCGUACACCAGCAGAGUCGCCGAGGGUUGAAGAAGUUUCGCCAUCACCGUGGAGAGAAGGCAUGAUCGUAGGCGAUGAAGGUGGUCCGUUAGAUUGGAGGAGUAACCACUUCUGAUGACACGUGUCAUAAUCAGAUUUAGCUGUAGAGACGAUUUCUUAAACGAGUUCUUUCUUUUUUUUUUGCUUGGAAGAGUUGUUAUCUUUGACCGUGUACUGUAACACAUUACUCUUCCUUGAGUGGCAAGCUUGAGUUUCAUACGUAAUAAUACUAAUGCAAAGUUAAGGCCAAAACUAGUUUAUACAUAAAUUAAAAAUCACAGCACAAAGGCAAAAUCCCUUUUACAAUAUCAUAGUCCAGCAUAGUCUUCUUCUAACUCGUAAACUCCAGGUGUACUACACACAAGGAUCAAGAACAACACACACUAAGACCUUUGACGAUUUAUUGUUCAAUUUCUCCUUCCACUGCUUCUGCUUCCGCAGUAUCAGUUGCCACUUCUUUGUUGUCGUUUCCAUCUCCCUCUUCCAGUACAUCAUCCAUUGUCAUUUCAUCCUCGCCACC